UUUGUCUCCAUAACCAGGGUUUUAUUGAAGAGUGAACUGUUAUGGAUGUGGAUAGCAUUGGUCUGAAUGAGGUUCGUCCGGCAGUAUAUCGAGCUGCUCUAAAGCUUCGCUCAUUACAAAAACUAUGUCAGAUGCACCUCGUGUCACUGCAGGAUUUGCGCCCAGUUUUACGUACUUUAUGUUCUGGGGAAUCAAUGAUAAGUCUUGCUCAAGAAGAUGUACAGCAGCUUCUAGAAGAGCUAUUCCAGAGCCUUUCACAUGAACUUCCUGGUCAGGCAGUACCUGAAGCCACAGAUCAAACCACCAGACUUCUCUUUAAACUGUUUGACAGAGAGCAAACCGGGGUUAUUCUGCUCAGGUCUGUGGAGGCCGCGCUGAUCGCCCUCUGUGGAGACACUCUCUCAGCUAAACAGAAGGCUCUGUUCCGACUUGCUGAGAGCUACAGUGGGAAUCAGGAGAGCAACAGGGGCUCCAUCAGUCGAAGUGCACUCAGAGUCCUGCUGGAAGACCUCAGCCAGGUUCCAGCAGUGGUUCAAGAAAACCAUGUGUUUGGCCAUGCUGAAACUGCAGUGUCCUCCUGCUUCAAAGGGGUAAUCAGAGCAGAAGUGACUGAAGAGCAUUUUAUUGGCUGGCUACAGUCAGAACCCCGUCUGCUGUUAUGGCUGUCCACUCUCUACAGGAUUUCAGUGAGUGAGGCCGUACAACACAGAGUCCACUGCCAUGUCUGUAAAGCCUUUCCUAUCACUGGCCUCAGGUAUCGCUGUCUGAAAUGCCUGAAUGUACACCUCUGCCAAAGCUGCUUUCUGACUGAGAGACGCACCCGGAAACACAAGCCAUCCCAUCCUGUACUGGAAUAUUGCACUCAGCCAUCAUGGAAGGAGUCAAUAGCAUCACUGGCCUCCAGCGCUCGACAUGCUUUGGUGCCUCGACACACCCGGAGAGAAGCAGAGAUGAAGAGAGCCCUGAGAACAGGGUCCAGUGCCCCCUCUCCAGUGCUGCAGUUUGUGGAAGACCCAGACAUGCAUAAUGCUCCUGAAACAAGUCUGACUGCCAGUGCCACCCCUGCUGCGGUUACAGCAGAGUCUAAAGCCCUGCAGACGGAAGAGAUAGAGAUUCCUCAGAGAGACACAACUGAUCUCCAAAAAGACCUCAGUGUUACCCAGAAGGCCAUGAGGGAUCUGCAGAGAGAUAAAUGGCUCCUGGAGAAAGAGUUUCAGGUGUGGAGAGUUGCAGCCCAGUCAGAGCAUGAUUCACUGGAGGACAAAUGCACUGAGCUGAAGACCAUGAUGGAGACGCUCAACCAAAAUAAUCAGCAUCUGGAGGACGAACUGGACAGAGUCAGACAUGUGUUGAGUCGUAGGGACAGAGAUGAACCGAGAAUUGACUUUCAUUCCCAUUCAGACCUUCAACCAGAACAUGAUGACAUCAUUAGUGAGAAAGACUGGACACAACCACCUCAUGACAGCUCCAGUGGAGAAGAGGAGAUUGAGAAGGGGAGAGAAGGAGGAAUAGAAGUGGAGGAGGAGACUCUUUAUGAGGUAUCAGAAGACAUCUCUACGAAUCUGGAUGACACAGAUAGUGUUUUGAACCAGGACGUCCAGACAGCUUCGGGGCAGCAAGAGGACUUUGAGGAGGAGGGGCUACAGGAGGAACAGGAGGAGGAACUACCUGAAAGACAGGAUCUUUCUUUAUUCCAUCAGUCCAUGUCUGAUUUAGCACUGGAAGAGCAUUCAGGCUCAGACGACUCACAGAUGGAUGACGAGGAGGAACUUUGUGAGCUUGUACAGCAACUUAGAAAUGAGCUUUCUCUAUAUACAACCACAGGGUCUGUCUUUCUACAGAAGGAAAUGCUAAUGACGGCAGCAGAGGGAGUCCGAGACACCGUUUCUCAUUUAGUCACUUCCGUGAGGACCACCGGUUUGGCAUGAUGGCAGCCAAUCAUGGGUUGCAAAUAAACUUUCCCUCAUUUCCAACCAGUACAAGCCAAUUUUGUAAGUCUCAUCCCAUCACAAGGCUCAUGAUACAUUCAAAUUUACCAGCUCAAUUCACAAUUUAAUGCAAUAUAAAUAGAGGUUGCAACUCUUUUUCAAAAUUUACUUCACUAUUUAUAUUGGUAAUCUAAAUGAGACAUUGAGAGGCACCAGUAUUGACAUUCUGGAUGAUACUGAUAAGGCUAUUAUAUUCUUGUUCCUACAUGAAUAUUUGAUUUUGACUGGUCCAUUGCAAUUCAGUGGUCAAAUUAUUGGCAUAACAUCUGUUGUCAAGGGCAACAGUGUAUAACGUCUAAUACAGAAGCGUUCACUUUGCAUUUGGGUCUGUCUGGGUUUCU